AUGGCAGACGCCAAGGUGAACGAGGUGAAAGAAAAAUCCAAUUUUUCGGACGAAGACGAGGAAAGGUUGCUCGCCGAAGAGGGCGAACAAAUACAAGAUUAUGUCACCACCGGUGACACAAAUAAUGAUUCCACUAGGAUGUGGGAGGCCAUCAAGGGCCUUGGAAAGAAACUCGAUCUUUUGGCGGGAACGCCAAAUACAUGCAUCACCGAUGCUUCACUGAAGCGGAAAAUACUGCACAGAGUGACCAAAGAGACAAAAAAUGACGCAGAAACCCCACCGGGGCCUUCUCGUCGAAAGAAGCAAAAAUCUUCAUCGGCUUGCGACGAUACAUCUGAUGAUUCUGAUCUAGAAGUUACAGCCUUGCUUGACAAAGAACAAGAUGGUGACGAGACUAGAGUGAUAAACUCUUGCAAGAGAUUGAAGAAGUAUACAACAACGAGGACAAAACAGGUCCGGAUGUAAACGUACAUCUAGCAAACCUAGUCAACAAAAGAUUUGCUGGGAAGCUCAAAGUAGCAAAACUCAAAGAAAAAUGCGAGCUGUAUAUCCGACCUGGAAAUUGUGAUAAACUCAAAGUUUCUCUCGUGAACCCCGAGCUGUGGGGGAAACUUGGACCACCGGUCAAAACACAGGACUUGAGAAUCGAAAAUGUCCUGCAGGCCAUAGUGAAAGCAACUGUAGCACUGACCGAGGCAACAGAAAGAAUUACAAAAGUCACGGGGAACAUCGAAGGUAAACAAAAAAUUAUAACCUGUUUGACUGACUCACUUGCUCUGCCGAGACACGCAACUUAUGACCUAUCGUUGCGACGGCGAGACAUCAUGAGGCCAUCAAUAAAUCGGGAGCUUCGUGCCCUUUGCAGUCCGCAAAUCCCUCUUACAGAUUUCUUGUUGGGGGAUGAUGUACAAAAUAGUUUAAAAACUAUUAAAGAGUGCAACAAGAUUGCCAGCUCAGCAGUCACGCAAGGGUCGGAUUACAAUCACAAACCGACCUAUUCUACAGGGGGAAAUUACACGCCGCAAGAUCAUGGGGAUGAAAGCAAGCCUUUUUUAGGCCAGCGCAAAGGCUACCAGCCAUUCAAAAAGAAAGUGUGGACUCCACACUACUAA